UGGGCAGUGUCGACGGCCUUCAGGUGUUUUCCAUUGUCCAAAUAAUCUAGCCUUGAACUGCUAUAUAACAAGGUAAAGUGUUUAUCCAAGGAAUAUAACCAAAAUUACUUCUCAACGGCUGGUAACAAGACUUAUUUUGAACCAGCUUGUGAACUGUUACGAUGUAUUUUAACAAGAGAAAUGCACUUCAAGGAACCAUCCCACAUUCCAAUGGAAAAAGUUUCUUUGAUGAAGAAUCUGAUGACGGUUUCGUGAUAUCAGAUCUUCAAAAUUCCUCUAGACCAUACAACUUGUACUCAGCUCUCGAAAGGUUCGGGGAAACAAUUACAGAAGAAAAUGAAGAUUUGUUUGAUGAUUCUUGCAGUCCACAAGAAAGCAGUCCAUUCAAUAACGAUAAAGACAAAAGUACUUUGGACCAUUCAAUUUCAAAGAAAGUUGAAAAGCUAAGAUUCACUGCAAAAUCUGAUAAUGUUAACGUUAAAUCAGUCAAACGAUGUACGCAAGAAGAAAAUACAGAAACAAGAAUUGGCCGAAAAGAGAACUAUACCGUGAUGCACAAUUCAGAUAAAAAUAAAGUACAUCAAAAUUUGUCUUGUGUAAGACGAAGGUCUAGUUUACAUGAUGUAGCACAAAUGUUUCCUUAUGGAUGCGAUGAAUAUUCGACAUAUACGGAAAAAGAGAAUAAAAUGGAUGUUAACGAAUUAAACAGAAGCGUGAAAUUUGAGAAUUCAGUGUUUCAAGACUCGCAAUAUAUGAAAAGAAGGUCCAGUUUUAAUGGAAUAUCUCAACUUAGGGCUUCUUAUAAGGAUGAAAAUAAAAAUGAAAUAAGAAGGAAAAGCAGUCAUCUAGAUAAAUCAUGUAUUGAUCGAUUUUCUAAAUUGAAUAAACAAUCGAUGGUCAAAGAUUUAAAACAAACGAAACGAUGGUCAAGUUUAGAUGAUGUAAAUAAAGAAAAACACCCAAACGAUAACAACAACUCAGAAAUAAAAGACAAUGUGAUUUCCCGAAUUUGUCACUCGGACGAUAUCGAUUCUAACGAUAUAGUAUCGAUUUCACAAAAAUCUUCGACCAACGCAGCACUACGAAGUACAAAAAGUGCUAUAAACUUACGUGAGUUCUUGGUAAACUCAAAACUUUAUCUUGUUUCACCAGAAAAAUUGAUGCUAUAUUGUUCGGAAGGCCACACAAAAACAGACAAAGUUGAAAUAGCCGCUACCGGACACGAGUCAAUAGUACAAAUAAAAGAUAACAACGCAUUGCAAAGAACACAGAAUGAGAAUAAAGUCGAAAAAUCGGUUCAUUUAGUUGAAGACAGUUGUGUUGGUGAGAAAACUGAAUUAAAAACUGGAAAGUAUAGUAGUGAUAUUCAAAACAAAGAUUUUAAUUCAUACGAAAAUAAUUCCGUCCAAUCUAAACCAUUGGAGUGGUUAGCUAAAAGCAAAAUUCGACAAAGUAAAAGAGAACAUCAUAUGAUGUCUCCUGUCUGUUUUUGAAUAUUUUAUUGUUGAAUUAAAUUUAAAUGACUCAUUAAUUAAAUUAUACUUAUAUUGUA